AGCGGGCGGAGCGGGGAGAUCUAUUUAAACACCAGGGAAAGCGGGUAAAACCCGCCUCAGGCAGCGCGGGGAGGAGGUGAGGUGAGGUGGGGUGGGGGAGGAACCGAGCCCCCUCCGACCCCACGUUCACCAGGCAACCCGGCUCCCGCCCUCUCCUCCUCCUCCUCCGCUCCCCGGAGCCUGUCAGCCCCCCGCCCAUGGAGCGACUCGCCGCCGCCGCCGCCGCCGCCGCCGCGAUGCCGGUUUGAGGAGCUGCAAGAGGCCGCGCAGAGCCACCGCUCCCGGAGGGAUGGCGACCGCCGAGCGGCUGUACGAGCUCUGGAUGCUGUACUGCAGCAAGAAGGACCCAGACUACCUUAAACUGUGGCUGGAGAGCUUUGUUGCAACAUAUGAGAAGUUUCUUGAUGUUGAUUUUGAAAAACCUCCCACAAGAUUGGAUGAUGUCCCACCAGGGUUAUCCUUGUUGCCUGAUAACAUUCUGCAGGUCCUGAGACAGCAGCAGUUACAGUGUAUGCGGAAACUGUCGGAUGGGCUAGAAGAUGAACAGCAAAUGCUGGCACUCAUUCUGGUCAAAUUCCUCAUUAUCAUCUGCAGGAAUUUGGCUAAUGUUGAAGAGAUUGGAACCUGCUCCUAUAUCAAUCAUGUUAUUACUAUGGCUACCGUCUACAUUCAGCAGUUAAAAAGCAAGACCAAAGAAAAAGAAAUGGCAGACCUAACUCCAGCUGAAGACUUUGCAAGACAUGCGCUUACCUUUUGUGAGAGCCUAUAUGACCCGUAUCGAAACUGGAGACAGAGAGCAGCUGGUGAAGUAGUCAGUGCAGUGGAGAAGAGCAGACAGAAGUAUAAAGCAGCCUGUCUAACUGUGGAGUUCAUCCCUUUCUUUUACCAAUGUUUUCAAGAGAGCGAGCAUCUGAAGGAGAGUCUGAAGUGCUGUCUUAUUCACCUCUUUGGGGCUAUUGUUGCAGGAGGACAGCGAAAUGCCCUGCAGGCAAUCUCCCCGGCUACAAUGGAAGUCUUGAUGCGAGUGUUGGCAGACUGUGAGCUGUUGGAUGACAAGGACCCAGAGGACGUAAGCCAUAAAUUGGAGUUGACCCUGAAGUGCCUGACGGAGGUGGUUCACGUGCUGCUGACCAGCAGCUCUGAUCAGCGGCAGGUAGAGAUCAGCACAAUCCUGGAGAAUUACUUCAAGCUGCUCAACUCUGAUCACACUGCGUUGCUGGUCAAUCGCAGAUCUCGGAAUUGGGAGAGCAGUUUCAUUGCACUACAGAUACAAAUGCUGAACACUAUUCCAGAAAUGUUAAACUGCCCUGACAGACCUGUCCUUCAGGCAAUCUUCCUGAAUAGCAACUGCUUUGAACAUCUCACUCGACUCAUACAGAACAGCAAGCUGUUUGUAAGCUCUAGAGCAGCAGACAAGAGUGAGAAAGAUCUUGCCAACAAAUUACUGACAGAAAUGAAUGUGAACCAGGUGUUUCAGGGUCGCCUGGAUAGCCUAGCUGUAGCGACGAUCCAAGCUUUGACUGCAGUGAUGCACAAAUCCCCAGCUGCUAAGGAGGUGUUCAAAGAGCGUAUUGGUUAUACGCAGCUGUAUGAGGUCCUGAAGACAUUGGGCCAGCCAUCACGAGACCUGUUGAAGGAGCUGAUGAACAUGGCUGUUGAAGGUGAACAUACCUCUGUGGGUAUGUUGGGGAUCAGCAAUGUCCAACCCCUUCUGCUACUCAUCCAAUGGCUUCCGGAGCUGGACUCCUUUGAGCUACAAGUCUUUGUUUCUGAUUGGCUGAAGAGGAUAUGCUGCAUCAACCGUCAAAGUCGCACGUUCUGCGUAAACGCCAACAUUGUGAGCCGUAUCCUUGUGACAUUGAACUGUCACGCUAGACUACACCGUACAUGUGCGGAGAACCUGAUUGGACUGCUGGGGUCUUUGGGAAGCCAGUCAUUGAGCUCAGGAGAGCUUUUGCAGUUGAUGAGGUUAUUGAGGACAGACAACCCUAAACAAGCCCAUCCCUAUGUCGUCCCUGUGACAUGUGCAAUACUGGGCAUAGCCCGGAAACAGGGCUUAGAUAAUGCACUACAGUACUUUAACCUAUCCCACAGCAUGGCAGGAAUCAUGGUACCCACUCUUCAACGUUGGCCUGGCUAUGCUUUUAGCUUCUUCGCAUGGUUGUGUCUUGAUCAGGGACAAGAGGCCAGUGGAAUCUUGGGGAAAGGAAGCAAGAGGAAACAGCUGUACAGUUUUUUCACAGCCAGUGGGACAGGGUUUGAAGCUUUUCUGACCUCUUCUGGAGGGUUGGUCGUAGCAGUUUGCACAAAGAAGGAAUACAUGACUGUGAUGCUCCCUGACCACUGCUUCUGUGAUUCCCUCUGGCAUAGUAUAGCUGUGGUACAUGUCCCAGCAAAGCGUCCCUUUGGUCAGAGUCUGGUGUACAUCUAUGUCAAUGGUCAGCAGAAGCUCUCCGCACCCCUCAAAUUCCCCACUAUGAAUGAGCCUUUUACCUCAUGUUGUAUUGGAUCGGCUGGUCAGAGGACCACUACCCCACCGCCCUCACAAAUCCCAGAUCCUCCCUUCUCAUUGUCCAUCUCCUCUGGACGUGCAUCUCUGAGUGCAAUUCUUUCCUCAACAACCUGGAGUGGACUCCCAGGAAAACCGGAAUCGGUGACAAAGCUCAUUUCAGCAGGAACUCAGGAUAGUGAGUGGGGUUCCCCGACUUCACUGGAGGGUCAGCUGGGUUCUGUUCUAGUCUUCCAUGAUGCACUACAAUCCUCUCAAGUGAAGGCUCUAUAUCUUUCAGGCCCAAACUGCAUUUCUCCAUUGAAACCUCAGGAGUCGGAGCUUACUGACCUCACAAGUAAACUGCUUCUGCAUUACACACCCAAGGCCUGCAAAAGCCCCAUCUGCCUUGAUUUGUCUCCAAAUCUCUUUCACGGGAGAUUGACCGGGCAUAAAGUUGUCAACUGGGACAUUAAGGAUAUGAUCAAUUGUGCUGGUGGUCUCAAUGUCCUUUUCCCACUGCUGGAGCAAAUGAGCACUCUUGGGACCCAAGGGUUCGUGAAAAAUGGAGACAGUUAUGGGGCAGCUGACUUUGUGACCCCUGAAGCGUCCACCCCUGCUGAAGGUGACUGGGUGGUGGUCCCCUCAACUCGAGCUUCUGAGGCCAGACUGGAGAAGAACCCUGUGGCUACUUUUCUCUUGACAAUAAAGCAUUUCAUACGAAGACAUCCAAUCAAUCAGGAGAAUCUGCUUCACUCCCAUGGAGUUGCCACUUUAGGCGCUUUGCUGCAGAAGAUUCCAAAUAGCUUAGUGGAUGUGAACAUGUUGGUGGCUGUGCAGUUGCUGAUUGAGCAAGCAAACGUAGAGAAGAAUACACAGCUCCUGCAUCAGAUGUACCAGCACCUGCUGUUUGACUUUCGAAUCUGGAGCCGUGGGGAUUUCCCAUUCCGAAUUGGUCAUAUUCAGUACUUAUCCACAAUCAUCAAAGACAAUCGGAAGCUGUUCAGGAAGAAAUAUGGGGUGCAGUUUUUGCUCGAUGUAAUCCGGAUGUGUUACAGCAGCUCAAACAAAGACAAUGACUUGUCAACAGAUGAUGUGAAGACAAUCCGGGCUUCCCUGUAUGGGCUAAUUAAAUACUUCAUCAGCAAAGGGGUCACACAGGAAGAGGUCCAGAGCAUCAUGGGAUACAUUGCUGCUAUCAAUGAUGAACAACAGCUCUCCGGGAUCCUGGAGAUUCUGCUGAAUCUUCUUCAGACGAGUUCAGCUCGGGACCAGCUGUACCUGCUGCUCUUUGAACCAGGGCAUGCCGACAUUCUCUAUGCACUGCUGCUGACCAACAAGUAUUCUGACAUGCUGCGCGAGCUCGUUUUCAAGAUAUUUGAGAGGAUGUUAAAGUGCGAUAAGGUUUAUGAACGGAGCAAGCAGCGCAUCAAACUGAGGGAUGUGGGCUAUUCAGGACUCAUCAUGCUGCUGAACGAUGUCACCAUUACUGUGUCCCUGGUCAAGAACUUCUUGCAGCAAAUCCUACAAGCAGACUCUGUGGUGAAUUAUAAGGAUCUAAUGGCUGUGGUUCACCUAGUGCAUAAAGCAGGGAUCAACGUGAGGCUUGCUGUUUGCCGAAAGAUUUAUCGGCACUUGCAGUCCCAGCAGGAUGCAGCCCAGCAGAUAGCAAAGCAGACCAGUUGGCAAGAAACAUUUGUGAGGUUAUUUCUGAAGGAAAAUACUGAGAGCAAGGACAAUGUUGGGGUGGACAGUUUGAACAACAACACUUUGAAUUUUAGUAAACAAAUUGAUCCCCAGCUUGAGAUGAGAACCGGUGCAGAACGGUUAAGAAGCACUAAUGAAGAAACCAGGGGCAUUAAGCCAUUGGAGGGCGAUACAGUGGACAAUGUAUCCUUGAAUAAAUUAUUUGAGAACAGAAGUUUUGACGGAUUGGUCGAAAGAUUCACCGACUCGAGCCACUCUUCUGAGAUGCUUUUAGAUGACAGGGCCUCAAAUGAAAGCGCCCUCACAGAAAGCUUGGUGGAAAAUCAGACCCAGUCAGAGGACUGGCCUCCAAAGGGGAGGAGUCUAACACUGGACUUGUCGAGCACAGCCUCUUAUGAAAUGGGUGACAUUGAAAGCCAAACACCAGGUAGCAUUGCCAGCACCCCAUCUCCAUUGGAGGUGCCCAAACACUUCCCUGGUGUGCAGUUUGAUAAGGAACCUAGCAGCAUGGAUGAGUCAAGUUACGUGGAUGAUACCUCAGUCUAUGAAGUCUCUGGAAGCGGAGAGAAGUGUGAGGAAGAGUUAAGUCGGAUUCUGAUGGACAUCCUCCUUUGUAUCAUGUGGCGUGGCCUGGAUGGGUCAGAUGACACUGCCUGGGUCGAGCGAGGGCAAGUCUUCUCGGCGCUGACGAAACUAGGAACAGCAAAUGAACUACUUUUGCCAUCCGAUGAAAUUAAACUAAAUCUUCUUGAGAAGAUUUUGGAGUGGGCUGUGACUGACAAUAGAGAGGCAACAGCAGUUGCCCUUCCGAUUCACACUGAGAAUGCAGUGAGAUUGCUGCAUAUUGUCCAGGACUUCCUUCAGGCUGAGGGGCUGGUGAAUCCCGCGUUGUGGACUGACAAGGUAUUGGAGGAAAUGGUGACUCUAAUGGACAGUCUGAUGGUGUGGUACUCAUCUGGAUCAGAAUGGAUGCAACUGUCUCAGCUUGGAGUGCGUCUUCUCCUUGGGUUUAUUGCACAGGACAACAUACAGGUGUGUGCCAUGGCUGCAGCAAAGCUCAACACAAUACUGCAGACAAAAGAGAUAGUCAACCGAGAUGAAGCUUGUUUCCUCUUGGGGAAGUUGGAGGAAACCCUGACGAAGUCCAUCAGAGAGAGAACCGAAACUUACUCUUUCCUGAUUCCAAUCAUAAGAACUUUGGUGUCCAAAAUCUAUGAGUUGCUGUACAUGAACCUGCACUUGCCAGCUCUGCCUCAAAGCAACGGCAGCCCUUCUUUCUUUGAGGAUUUUCAGGAGUACUGCGGAUCCGAUGAAUGGCGCGUUUACAUUGACAAAUAUAUCAUCCCGUCGAUGAAGCAAUAUGAAGUAGAAACAUUCAGCAAAGGCCACGAGCGCAUGGCAAUCUUUUGGAAGGAAUGUUAUGAAACUAUGAUGGUAAAUUUACACAAGCGAGAUCGGGAGAAAGGAGAAAGCAAACUCAAGUUCCAGGAGUUUUUUGUUGAACCGUUCACCCGCAAAGGCAGACAAGAGAACCUACGUUAUAACAGCAUGCUGAAGCAACUUAACAGCCAACACACAGCGACACUGAGACAGUGGAAGGCAGCCCAGCACUAUCUAACCUGUGAGCGAGGACCAUGGGCUGAUAAAAGACCGGAUUUUAUGCACUGGAAGUUGUCCAGUGUGGAAAACUAUUCCCGCAUGAGGCUUAAGCUGGUCCAGGACUACAACUUUGACUCCCAUGCUGAUGCCAGCGCACUACGUGACAAUCUUGGGGUCCAGCAGACCACACCAUCGAACGAUUCCUUGCUGCUGGAAGCUGUGAAGCAGGCCAAGGUCAGUGACCUGGAGGAUGAUCGCCUGGCUGAUGAAGAUUUGAGUGUGCUCAGUAACAUCAAUGAGAAGGAGGAGCAGAAUCAGAAAGAAAAGCUGGUGAUCUCCGAGGACUGUGACCUGAUCACCAUCAUGGACGUCGUGUCAGGACGCCUGGAGGUCACCACCCAGCACAUCAACUUUUUCGAUGGGAGCGUGGACAAAGAGGAAGGGGUCGGCUACGAUUUUAAGUGGCCCCUCUCUCAGCUACGUGAGAUUCACCUGCGUCGUUACAACUUGAGACGGUCAGCGCUGGAGAUCUUUCUGAUUGACCAAACUAACUACUUCCUCAACUUCAAAAAAGAGGUGAGGAACAAAGUCUACAGCCGUAUACUGUCGCUGCGACCACCCAACCUAUAUGGCACGCGAUCACCCCAGGAACUGCUGAAGGCUUCAGGACUUACACAGAAAUGGGUGAACCGUGAGAUUUCAAACUUCGAGUAUCUCAUACAACUAAACUCUAUUGCAGGAAGGACUUACAAUGACCUUGCUCAGUAUCCAGUGUUUCCUUGGAUUCUCAGUGAUUACACCUCAGAGGAGCUAGAUUUGAACAACCCUGAAGUCUUCAGGGACCUCUCCAAACCCAUUGGAGUUGCCAAUGAAAAGAAUGCCAAAGCUGUCCGGGAAAAAUUCGAUAAUUUCGAGGACCCAACAGGGAUGAUUGACAAAUUUCACUAUGGAACUCACUACUCCAAUGCAGCUGGUGUCAUGCACUACCUGAUACGGGUUGAACCCUUCACUACAUUGCACAUCCAGCUACAAAGCGGCAGGUUCGAUUGCGCGGAUCGUCAGUUCCAUUCCAUUCCUGCUACGUGGCAGGCUCUCAUGGAGAAUCCCAAUGACGUAAAAGAACUCAUUCCUGAAUUCUUCUAUUUUCCAGAAUUUUUAGAAAAUCAGAAUCAGCUGGAUCUGGGACGUUUACAGAUUUCAAAGGAGCGGGUUAAUGACGUGAUACUUCCGAGAUGGGCCACAUCACCUGAAGACUUCAUCUACAAACACAGGAAAGCCCUGGAGUCCGACUUUGUGUCUGCUCAUCUUCACGAGUGGAUUGAUCUGAUCUUUGGAUAUAAGCAAAGAGGGCCAGAUGCAGCUGAGGCGUUAAAUGUUUUCUACUACUGUACGUAUGAAGGAGCUGUUGACCUGGAUGCAAUUGCAGACGAGAAAGAGCGAAAAGCAUUGGAAGGGAUGAUCAGUAAUUUUGGACAGACUCCCUGUCAGCUCCUCAAGGAACCGCAUCCUUCCAGGUUGUCGGCUGAUGAAGCUUUGAAGCGACAGGCUAAGAUGGACAACUGCCCACUGAAUAUGUUCCAGCACCUGACUGAGCUUAAAUCCUUCUUUGUGGAGGGAAUCAGCGACACCAUUCCUAUAGUGAAAGCAGUGGUGCCCAAAAGCCAGGCUCGUUCCUUCAUGUCACAGGGAAGCCCUGAUACCCUGGUGACUCUAAGUCAGAAUUGCCUAAUGGGGACUCAUGGAUGGCUGCCUUAUGAUAAAAACAUUUCCAACUACUUCACGUUCUCCCGGGAUCCAACAGUAACUAAUUCAAAAACCCAGCGUUGCAUCAAUGGCCCCUUUACCCCUGGGCUAGAAGUGAAUUCUAAACUGUUUGUGGUGUCGCACGAUGGGAAACUGCUUUUCAGCGCGGGGCACUGGGAUAAUAGCAUUCGGGUGACCUCAGUUGCAAAGGGCAAGCUUACCGGGCAACACAUCAGGCACAUGGACAUUGUGACCUGCCUGGCAACUGAUCACUGUGGGAUCCAUUUGAUAUCAGGCUCACGUGACACAACGUGCAUGAUCUGGCAAAUUUUGCAGCAGGGAGGAAUAGCAGUUGGCCUGGCGCUGAAACCUAUGCAGAUUUUAUAUGGGCACACUGAGGAGAUAACCAGUGCAGCCAUCAGUACAGAGCUGGAUAUGGCUGUCUCGGGCUCCAAGGAUGGAACAGUGAUCAUACAUACCAUUCGACGGGGGCAGUAUAUGAGGACACUUCAGCCGCCAUGUGAGAGCUCGCUCCCUCUCAGCAUUCCCAGCCUGUCCGUAUCAUGGGAGGGACACAUCAUUGUCAACACUGUGAUCGAGGGAAAAUCCAAUUUUAAGGAUAAGAAUGCUCUACAUUUGUACUCAGUGAACGGCAAGCACUUGGCUAGCGAGACUAUAAAAGAACAAGUGACUGACCUGUGUGUCAGUGGAGAACAUAUAGUCCUGGGCAGCAUGGAGGGAUUUCUGUCUAUACGAGAUUUGUACAGCCUGAAGCUCAGUGCAACCCCACUGGCAAUGCGAUUACCAAUUCACUGUGUGUCCAUCACCAAGGAGAACAGUCACAUCCUUGUGGGACUGGAGGACGGCAAACUGAUCGUUGUAGGCGUGGGCAAGCCAGCUGAGAUGCGCUCAGGGCAACUUUCCAGGAAACUCUGGGGCUCCAGCAAGCGUCUGAAUCAGAUCUCGUCCGGAGAAACCGAGUACAAUCCCCAAACUGAACUCAAAUGAUGGGCACAAGGAACCGAAGGAGAGAAAAAAAUCUUGUGGCUUCCUGUACGCUGUUACUGAUCAUUUCUGAUUUUCCUCUUUCCUGCACCUGAUUGUUGGCCAAAUGAGACUAUGCAACAAAUCAGUGUGCCCGUUUCUGAUCAUGUAGCAUGGAUUGCAUUUUUGAUGAACCUUCCGCUGUAUCCUGUCGUAGGUGGUAAUGGAGCUCAGCAACCCCACCCCAACCGCGCCUCAAAAAAAACUCUUCACGUUUCUGUGCAAAGACUGCCCUCUUUUUUUUGGCUUUUUUUUCUUCAAAGGAUCAAAGCACUGUUGGAUUGUUUUUUAAACUUCUUCACUUCUGCAUUUUAAAACACUUAAAAAGGACUUGUCAGGAAUGAAAUAAAAACAGAAAAUGCUGGGAAAAACUCAACGGGCCUGGCAGCAUCUGUGGAGAGAGGAACAGAGUCAACGUUUCGAGUCCAAUAUGACUCUUCUCCGGGCAAAGAAUGAAUCCUGUCGGUUUGCUUUAUAACUAUCGAGGUAGCGAAACGCCACUGUCACAUUAGCCAGUGCUGAAAUGAAGAGCUCUCUCUGGAAGGGAAUAGACGCGAUGUGCCGUCUUUCAUGUCCCUGAGGGGAAAGGUCUUGCAACUUAGAAACGAUAUCCCAUUGCGGCUGCCUGAUAUCCAUUUUUAAAGCUGGAGAGAUGAUGUGUUUUUGUUAUUUUACUCAGUGCAAUGGCUUUCAACCCAAGACAGCGGAAAUAGCAGUCCCGCCUGCGGUGUGGUAGAUAAACUGACAUCGUUGAAAUGCUUUUCUUUUUCCAACCUUCCCACUCCCUAGUUUCCUUUGCCUAACAAAACUUUUUAAAUUAUUAGCUCAGUUUCAUGUUAAUCAAGCACAAUACUUCACAGUAAUAUGAUUUUAUUUUUACAUACCCACUCUUACCAAUAAGUACUAUUGCACAAGCUGAAUCGCAUUAGCCUCUAUUUCCCAGAUGUACUGUUCUUCUGUGUGCACUUUAUAUUGUAAACAUAAUUUAUGGAAUCAGAAUUAUUUUAAUUUAAUUUUUUUUUCAAAUUACUACUUUGCCUGAAGUGCAAACCACUUUCAUAGCUGCUAGCAGAAGGGCCCCAAUGCAGGAUUUCAAUAUGUUUAAUCCCCUUACCCCCUCCCAGCCCCCUGCAAACCUAGUUUACCACUUGUUAAGGACCUGGGGAUAGAAUAAUAAAUUGUGGAGGUGUCUGCCUGCUCCUGCUUCCUUCACCAACUGCUAUGGUAACAAGGGAUGGGGGGAAGGUGAAGGAAAGAGAGAGGGGAAGCGCUGGAAUUGGAAGUACCGAUGGUCCAACCUCAGGUCCUCAUUACUACUUACACAUUAGAGGCCCUGCAGUCGAUGCCUGUGCUCUAGAUCCUGCCAACAGGAAGGAUGGCACUACACAGUAAUGGCAUAUUGUGGCGGGAAUGACAUGCUGGCACAAGGCGUGUGUCCGCCAUUUUAUUGAACCAUCAGCUUCGAAGAUGAUUUCUGGUGGUCAUUCUCUGAUGAGCGCAAGAUAUUAGACAAGUGGAAUUGUGAAAGGCCUGUGUGCUAUUUACAGCUGGGAGAGGCUGAGAAGGGAACAGUGUGAUGGAGGGAGAGCAGGAUUGAGUAAUCCAAAAAAAAGUAGUCACAUCAAACCAAGGUGUACCAUAGGCACAACCCAACAUGUAUGGCCCAAAGAACUACAAAGAAUAUAGUUGUUUUGGUGAUGGGAGCAAACAGCACAACCUUAUUUUAUUGAGUGUUGACAAAUUCAGAAGGCGGGCAAGAAGGUUUUAAAUCGGAUCAAUCUUGGGAAGAACUUAAAGGAAAGGGUGCAGUCACAGAGUUGUGAGGGAAACAUUGGUGCACUGGGCAGAUUUGCUUUGUUUUAUUUAGAGGAUUAAGGUCAGUCACUUUACAGGUAGCUCAAUGAUCACAUUUUUAUUCAGAAUCAAAUACACUUUCACCAAACAGAGCUGACAGGUGGAGCUAAAUUCUUGCAAAAUUCGGUUUGCCUUGUGUAGAAGUGGCAUGUGCCUGAAAGGCCAAUUUAAGAGUUAUUCCAAUCCACAGCUGUGCAGCAAUGAUCUAGAUAUUGUCUAUGUCUGUCGUGUGAAGUUCUUAUUCAAUGAAUGGAUAGAAAGAUGUUUCAGAUCAGAUGCAUUACUCAUGGUUUUGAUUCCUUAAACAACUGAAGGUAACUUGUACAAGUUAGAGAAAUCGCCUCUCACUCGGUCAUUUCGCCACUGCCUUUAAUUAACUAUUUUUUUUUUAAUUAUGACUUGCAUUUGUAUGGCAGCAUUAUUGUGGAAAACAGCCUAAACUCUCUCCACCUAGUGACCCAGGAGCUAGCUCGGCUCAUUGGACUGUGAGACCUAGUGGCAUUAGUGAACAAAUGUUAAAGCAUUUGUACAUUUCCUUUGUAUGAGCAGCUGUGUUUGCCAUGAGAGGGCAGGGCAUUUCCCUACUUUGUAAAUGGGCUUCAUGGAGAUUCCAAAUUGGGUAUCCGCAGUGUUGUGAUUGUUGGUCUGUGCUGGUGAAAUUGGCCUUGUACGUUGUCUGGAGUUGCUCUGUGUUUUGAAGGGCAGGUUUGUUGUGGCAUUGUCACUAAAUGCUGAUGUGGGAAAGAUAAGUCCGUGCUGAGCAAGGCAUUCCCUCAUGGGGGUAAGAUGCACAGCUCAUUCACCACAUUCUGCCACUGAGGAGUCACUGUAGCCAAAAUUGUGAUGCCACUGUUAAGUGCGCAAGGUCAGGAGCUACAAUGUCAAGUGGAGUACCUAGUUGUCAGUGAGUUGAGGUUUUGUGUACUUGUGUGUCGGAUGCAAACCAGCUAUGCAGGUGUUGGGAUCUCAAACUGUCUUGUUAACUUUCUCAUUGUAUGAUAACAGCAGCUGAGUCUGUACAAGACUCACUCAUUCCGGCUGUAUGCCUGUUAAACCCAAUUCACUGUACCAUAUUAGCUGAAUACAGGUUAAAUUAGGAACUUGGAUCUGUUGCAACAUUGGACCGUAUUUGUACCUGGAUUGCAGCAAACCUAACCUGGACCUUCACGUGACGCCAGUAAAUGUUUCCAUUCGAAUUAGGAUUCCCGUUAAUUAUAACAUGCAAGCAUUAUUUGAUCAUGGCAUAUAAUUGUAUUAAGAAGCUAAUUAAGGUAAUAUAAGUAAGUUGAGGAAAAUAUCCAGACUUUUAUAGAUUUUUCAAUAACUGCUUGGGCAUUUUACUGCAGAAAUGGUUUUUCAUGUACAAUUCAUUUUGGGGAAUGUUUUAUGCCAAAUGGGUGUUUCAGUGCUUUAAAGUCUCUUGAUUUUUAAUCUGAUUUAUGUAAGUGAAUUGUGUAUGAUAUUGAUAUUCUGUGAUUCUUAACAAAAAAUCUCCACCAACCAUAUGUUUCCAGCCACGUUUGUGCAGUGUCCAGGCGAUGACAGAUUCUAACUUUAUUUUAGAUUGUCCUGUAAUUUAACUGCACACUUCCCUGCUUGUAUAUUUGAUUUAUAUAUAUUAUAUAUAUAUAUAUAUGUAUAGUGUGUUUGUUGAAGGAUUCCUUUUUUUUGCACUUUUCAGGUACUGCAGAUUGUAAAAUUUAAAGCUCUGAUGUACACAUUAUCUGUAGAUAACAAAUUUAUCAGAUUAGCUUUGUAUACAGAACCAAUAGGACUAAAGGCAAUAAAGAUGGGAUUACAAGGGG